CAAAAAUCAAUAAAUUUUCUUGAAAUUUUAAUAUAACUGCUGUAGAACUUCUUUGAGUGUGCCUGUGACCUUGAAUGACAAUAAAAUUUCAAAAGCAAGCUGAUAGGCUGUAACUCUCUUAAUAGGCGGUGUCAAUCAGUCAGCAAGUGUCGCUAUUCAAUAAAACUGGUGUAAAACAAUAUUAUCGCGUAUAUUGUUAAAAAUUACAGAAAGAAAAAAAAAUUUUGAAUAAUUUUUUUAAAAAAUUUAAUUUUUUAAAAAGUUAAAAGAAAAAUUUAAAAUAAAAAAUAUUAAAAAAAAAAUCAAAAUAAUUAAAUUUAAUUUUAAAAACUUUAUAAUUAAAUAUUAUUAAUUAAGUAAUUUAUUAUAAAUAAUUUCCGAAACGGAAAAAUAUAAAUUUUAAGGAAAAGGAUUAAAAUAAUAAAUUUGCAUCAAAAUGCAUAUGCCUUAUGAUCAACUUCCUGAUCCUACGGAUAAAUUUACUUUACUUGAAGAAUUAGGUACUGGAUUUUGUGCAAAGGUAUGGAAAGCACGAGAUUUACAAAACAGUCGUAUUGUUGCAAUUAAAAUUCAACCAUACGAUAGAGAGCAUCAAUUUCUAAUUGAAGAAGAAUAUCGAAUAUUCCGUGAUCAUUCUGGAUUCCCAAAUUUACCGGAUUUUUAUGGUACUUAUAAAAAACAGAAUAGUGCAGCACCUGAUGAUAUUUGGUUUAUUUUACAGUAUUGCGAUGGAGGAACUGCUGUUGAAAUGGUUAAUAAACUUUUAUCACUCGAUAAAAAAAUGAAAGAAGAGCAUAUUGCAUUUAUUUUAAAAGAAACUGCAAAAGCUGCUAUCGAAUUGAAUCGAAAUCAUUUUAUUCAUCGUGAUAUUCGAGGAAGUAAUAUUUUAUUAACGAAGAAUGGUGAAGUAAAAUUAAGUGAUUUCGGAUUGACAAGAGAAGUUGAUUCAACUUUUGGUAAAACCGGAACAUGUAUCGGUUCACCAUGCUGGAUGGCACCAGAAAUUGUUACAGCUCCUGAAAAAAAGGAGACCGAAAUAUAUGACAGCAGAUCUGAUGUUUGGGCUUUGGGUAUUACAGCUAUUGAAUUAGCUGAUGGUAAACCACCAUUUGCCGAUAUGCAUCCAACGAGAGCAAUGUUUCAAAUAGUAAGAAAUCCACCGCCAACUUUAAUAAAACAAUCGGCUUGGAGUCAAAAUUUUCUUGAUUUCAUUGCUGAAUGUUUGGAAAAAAAUCCUGAAAAUCGAGCACACAUGUUGGAAAUUGUUGAGCAUCCAUUUUUGAAUGAAACUUUCGAAAAUGAAGUAACUAUGCAAAAAGAAUUAAAAAUUUUAAUUGAAAAAUCAGAAGGUGGAAGUUAUAGAAAACCUGAAGAAGUGUUAGUUGAUCGAGGUUUUAUUAAAAAAUAUAAUUCAAAACCGGAAAAAAUGCUUUGUGAAGAUUUAGCUGCUAUCGAUAAUGUUGCUGAUAGUAUUGUGUUAGAAACACUAGCUCACAGAAUGAGUAAAGGAAUAUCUUAUACUUUCAUUGGCGAUAUUUUGCUUUCAUUGAAUUCGAAUGAAAUUGAACUUAACAUGGAUGAAAGCUUUCAUGAAAAAUAUAAAUUUAAAUCACGUUCUGAAAAUGCCCCGCAUAUUUUUUCGGUUGCUGAUCUCGCUUAUCAAGAUAUGAUGCAUCAUAAAGUGCCACAACAUGUUAUUUUUGCUGGUGAAACUUAUUCGGGAAAAUCAACAAAUGUUCAUCUAUUUAUUAAACAUUUGUGUUAUUUGGGUGGUGGUAAUAAGGGAGCAACAACACGUAUUGAAAAUGCUUUAAAAGCAAUAUUAAUGUUAACAAAUGCUGGUACACCAAUCAAUAAUAAUUCCACACGCUGUAAUAUUCAAUAUCAUAUUACUUUUGGUACAACUGGUAAAAUGAGUGGAGCCGUAUUUAUAUUGAAUUUACUUGAGAAAUAUCGUGUCUCAACUACUGACAUGAAUCAGCAUAAUUUCCACAUCUUUUAUUACUUCUAUGAUUGGUUAGUAUCGGAAAAUAAACAUAAAGAUUAUAAAUUGAAAGGUGAUAGAAAUUAUCGUUAUUUGAGAGUACCACAAGAAAAGGUAGAAACCAAAUUAAAAUAUGUUCGUGAUACACCAAAAGAGAAUGCCGAAAAAUACAAGGAAUUCGAAGAAAUUUUAUUGAAUUUAGAUAUGUCAGAAAUAAAUAUACAAAGUGUACGUAAUAUUUUGGCUGCCAUUCUUAUUAUUGGUAAUAUACGAUUUAAAAGUGAAAGUAAAGGUGCGGAAUUAGAAGAUAGUAACAUUGUUACAAAAAUAUGUGAUCUAUUAAAAGUUGAUGAAAAGAAAUUCCAAUGGUCAUUAACUCAAUAUAUCAAAGUUAAAGGUGGUAUUGCUGAACGCUGCCAAUAUACCCCAGAGGAAGCAAGAGAUGCAAGAGAUGCAUUAGCUGCAACAAUAUAUUGUCGUUUUGUAGAUUGGGUUGUUGCUAAGAUUAAUAUGAAUUUAGCAUUCGCCAGAGCUGUAUUUGGUGACUCAAAUGCUAUUGUUAUUUAUGAUAUGUUUGGAUUCGAGUGUUUCCAUCGAAAUGAUCUUCAACAACUGAUUGUCAAUACUAUGAAUGAACAGAUGCAAUAUCACUAUAACCAAAAGACGUUUGCAUUAGAAAUGUUUGAACAGGAAGCAGAUGAAGUACCUCCAGUUCAAUUGAAUUAUCAUGAUAAUAAAGAUACGUUAGACCGACUUUUAACAAAGCCAGAAGGUCUUUUUUACAAAUUCGAUGAUGCAACUAAAGAUAACCUUAGUUAUGAGUCGAUCGCAGAUGCUGUAAUUGAAAAACGAAGUGCAUAUAUUAAAAUGCAAAGUAAUAAUGAAAUUGCUGUUGCACAUUAUACUGGAAAAGUGGUAUAUGAUUUGAGAGUAAUACCUGAUCAAAAUCGUGAUUUUGUGCCACCAGAAAUGAUUGAAUCAUUAAGAACAUCAUUAGAUGAAACAAUUAAGUUAUUGUUUACAAAUCAAUUAACAAAAACUGGAAAUUUAACAAUGGAUUUUGAAACUGAACAGAAACAAGAAGGAAAACAAAGAACUUAUGUUUUGAAUACAUUAUCGAGGGGACAAUACUCUCAAGCUACAAAUCUUAGAACAAUAUCAGCUCAAUUUAGAUCAGUUUGCUUAGAAAUGAUGAAAUUAUUGAGUACCAAACAAUCAGAUGUAGGCUUUCAUUUCAUUAGAUGUAUUCGAGCUGAUUUAGAAUAUGCACCAAGAAAUUUCCAUCCAGAUAUGGUACAACAACAAAUGAAAGCAUUAGCUGUUAUGGAUACCAUCAUAGCAAGACAACAGGGAUAUUCAAGUAGAAUAUCAUACCAUGAAUUCUUAAAAAGGUAUCAAUUUCUUGCAUUUGACUUUGAUGAAACUGUUGAUGUCACAAAAGAUAAUUGCCGAUUGUUAUUGAUUCGUCUUAAAAUGGAAGGAUGGGCAAUCGGUAAAUCAAAAGUAUUCCUACGUUAUUACAACGACGAAUUUCUGUCAAGAUUAUAUGAAAUUCAAGUAAAGAAGAUUAUUAAAGUUCAAUCGAUGAUGAGAUCUUACAUAUCAAGACGUAGAAUGAAAGAAGGGAAGAGGCCAUUAGAAACAAAACCUGCAACAGCAGAAGAGAAUGAAGCUGCCACUACAAUACAAAAAGUCUAUAGAGGAUAUAGAGUACGAGCAAAAUAUGGUCCAUUAUGUACUGAAAGCGGUAAUUUAAAUUUAGAAACAGCUCAAUUUUUAAGAAGUUAUACAAGAAAAUGGAGAUCAAAAUCCUUAUUUCAAGUUUUAUUACAUUAUCGUGCAGCAAGAUUUAUAGAUUUUACAAAUUUAUCCCAACAGGUUCAUUUUUUUAAUCAAAAAUUUGUCUCACAAUUAUUGAAUAUAUGUAAAGGUGUUAAUUUAGAUAAAAUUAAUGUAAAACAAGUUAAUGUAUCAGCAUUUGGACCAGUUCCAUUACCAACACGUAAAUUACCAUUUCGUUUACAAGAUAUACCAUAUUUUGAUACAACAUAUAUGUGUGAUCCAGUUAAUCCAAUAUCACGUAUGAAAAUUAAUACAACAGAACCAGAAGAAGAACCAUGGGAUGCACCAUUACAAAUGAAUCCAUCAUUAACUGCAUAUUUAAUGACAUAUAAUGCAUAUAAAAAAGAACAAAGUUGUCAAACAAAUUGGGAUAAAUUAUAUGAAAGUGAUAAUGUAUUAUGCCAGCCAUUCGUUAGAGAUCCAAAUAUGAUGAAAAAGCUUGGUGUUAUUGCACGAAGUAAUCAAUAUGGUGGAGAUAUAAUACCUAGUUCUGCUAGCCGAACGUCUCAAUUUGAUAAUCAAUCUGGCUUCAAUCCAUAUACAAAUUUUAAUUCUAAUCGCAAUUUUAAUAAUCAAACUGGUUUUAAUCAAUAUACAGACAUUAGAUCAAAUUUUAAUCAAUAUGAUCCUAAUAUGUCUAAUUUAGGUUUAUUACAACAAAAUUAUAAUGAAAAUUCAAUGUUUUCUGGUAAUAAUCAAAAUUUAAUGAAAGAUAAUUUUAAUCAAAGCCAAAAUCAACGAUAUUCAAAUUAUUCAAAUAUAAUGGUAAGUCAAGGAACUGGUGGAAGUCGAUCUGGUUCAAGGAGGAAUUCAAUUAAAAAUUAUGCAGCACCAUUACCACCACAUAUGCAAAAGAAUAAUGAUGCAUCGAUAAUGAAUCGAAGUCGAAAUUAUAAUAAUAAUAUACCGGUGAAUCGAGAUUUUCGUCCACCAAAUCAUGUUAGUGAAUUGAAAAUGUUGGGUAGAAAUUUUAAUAGUGACAAUAAUUACGAUAAUGAUAAUCCACCAUUUAAUUUUAAAUCGAUGUUGAGAAAAACUAAUUAUUCAAGACCUGAAGAUACAAGUACAUUUGAAUAUAAUAGUAGAGGAUCACAGAAUAAUGAAAAUUCAACAACAACAAAUUUUAGUCAAGUAAAUAAAUUUAAAUCAUCUGAAACUAAUAGUAGAUCAUGGAAUCGUGAUAAUCCAAAAACAAAUAAUUAUUCAUCAUCGAAUAAUGAUAAUUCAAAACAAAAUAAUUCAAAUUCUGGUGAUAAUGAAUUUCAAACAAGAUAUGUUGAUGAAGAAAUUGCACCCGGUGUUAAAUUAUCAGGCUAUGCUAUUGAUAUAUAAAAAUUGUAUUUUAUUAAAGUGUAAUUAUAAUUCACAUAAUUCUAUAUAUAUAUACAUAUUUACUUAUGUAGUUAUAUAUGUAUAUAUAAAUUCCAUUUAUCACUUUUAAUUCAACUAAAUUAAUAUGAUAGAAGUGAAGAACUUCAAAUAUUUCGGUGUUAUUAGUAAAAGCAAUUUAAUAUUGCAAAUACAAAAAAAAUUAUAAAAUUUAUGCCCUUAUCAUCAUAUUUUCCCUUAUUAAAACUAUUAUAAAUCAUUAAAUUAUUAAUUGUUUAAUUAAUUGAGCUUUAUUAUAUUAAAAAGAAAAUUAAUAUUUACUUUAAGAGUUAUGUAAUUUUAAUGUAAGUGGAAAAAAAUAAAUUAUUAAAACAUUCGUUUUAGUUACGUGUA